AUGCUGCGAGCUACUGAGCAAACUGGUAACAUUGGAAAAGCCGUCCAUGGGGAGCUGGAUGGAGAGGAUGAGCCAUGUAUAAGGUCAAAGGGCUAUAAUCCAAAUAUUGGUACCAAUCAGGCUGUGAAUAGUGAUUAUAUUAACUCUGGCUAUGACAGAGGUCACGUUUAUCCAGUGAUGCACACCAGCAAUCCUCUGUCCAUGCUGGCCACCUCCACCCUGACCAACGCCGCUCCGCAGGACCCCUAUUUUAAUCAGAACCAGUGGAAGCAACAUGAGGAAGCGGUGAUUAAAGACCUGGAAUUCUGUGAUGAGGCGUAUGUGGUGGCUGGUGUCGCUCCUGACCUCAAUAAAUCGAUCAACAAUAGAAUCACCGUGCCAGAGUUUUUCUGGAGAGCCACCUGCUGUCUAAAGGAUGGCGUCUACAUAGGGAAGGCCUACAUUGGACUAAACAACAACAACAAUGACGUGCGGGAAGGGACGGUUCAAGAGCUUGAGAAAAUACUGAGUAGCUAUUAUGAAAAUAAAAUAUUUCCAAGCAUACCAUAGAGCAGUGUUUCCCAACCCU